AAGUGUUUUUUGGAAUACUGUGAUAAUGUUGCGGCAGCUGACAAGACAAGACGCGUACUUCCUUGUGAGGUACCGAUGCGAUGGCAAGCUACAAAUUCGCACUUCAGGGUUUUUCCAGACAACCGAUGAGAUUCAAUGCCACCAAAGUUAUACGGUACAAUGGGGCACACGGAAGACCCAGACAGUAGACGCUGUUGUACUUGCAAGGGGAACAGAAAAAGAAAUGCGCCUACAGAUGAAGGCCAAGGCCUCUGAGCAGCCAACCGCGCAAACGCAAGAACCCCCGAAAAAGCGUGCCAAGAAAACCCACGAAAAGACGAAGGCCAAUGUCAUCACUUAUGUUGCAUCGGCAGGCAGUAGCGCAUCGACCACUAGGCCUUCGACCGCUACGUCCGGCCCAGUGACCGAGAUCACAACAGUAGUUCCCGAGGUUGCUGCUGUGGUCGCCGGAACAGGAAGUGUGAUUGACACUACCGAGAUUGGUGUCGUCCCAACAGUGGUGCCCGAGGUUGCUGCAGUGGUCGCGGGGCCGGGAACUCUGAUUGACGUCACAUCAGUGGUGCCCGAGGUGGUUGCAGUGGUCGCGGAAAUGGGAAGAGUGACUGACACAACCGUGAUUGGUGACGUCACAUCAGUGGUGCACGAUGUGGUUGCUGUGGUCGCGGGAGCUACACCGACGAUGGACAGAAACGCAAGCUCUGCAGUCGCAAACGCAUCGUCGACUGUUAUUAGGCAUUCGACUCCCCCGAGCACGAGCGCCAACGUGUUUCGGAUAGGAAGACCGCAUCAUAUGUGUUCGCAGCUCCUGUCAAUGGAAGCAUCUAUGCGAUCGAUGGCAGCAGAAGUAGAAAAACUGCGCAAGCUGAGAGAGGCCGACCGGCGAGAGAUCGAGGAAAACCGGGCUAUGCAGAUGAGAAUGCUGGGCAUGAUUGAGACUCUACUUAAAAAUCAAGAACGCUCUCAGACUGUUCCGCCACCAACCACAACGUCAACCACCGAGUCUGGAAUUGCGGAGCAGUAUACUCUUAGUCACGAAGAACUGAGGAGUAUACAUCAGGCAUCGUUGGGGCCAGGCAAUUUCGCCGCACACCUGACCAGUGGACUGUUCCCGGAACUCUUCGGAGUGUCCCAGUUGAAGCAUGAAUUCAAUUGGAAAGGCGGAGGAAAAAACCACAAGAAGCCACUAUCCCCCCAGAGGAAGAAUGUGAUUAAACAUUACGUCGGUGUGUUCUAUCCAGAAGCCCUGGCGGAAAAUGUGUGGCGGGACAGUGUUGUGCCUAAGGUUAACGAACUUCUUCGCCGCCAGGGUAGAGAGGAGAGACGAAUGAGGAGAGAUGCGGGCACAUCUGCCGACAUCAACGGGUACAUGGAGGACCUGCACGGCAUGCUUCCCGAGAUAAACACAUCAUGCGACACUUCGCUUCUGUCGCUUCUGAACAACAGCAUGUGAAUACUUCUACUGAAUGUAAAUUAUGUAAAUACUGUAUAUAUUCUUCUGUCGCAUCUGAACAACAACAUGUGAAUACUUCUACUGAAUGUAAAUUAUGUAAAUACUGUAUAUAUUUGAUAUUCACUGUAUUUAUAACUUCUUCGCAUAUAUUUAUACGUAUGAAAUGCAUUUCGAAUAAAUACCGACUUUA